UUGAAGGUAAAAGAGUGAACGGAAAUCGACGGUGCUCAAAUUGAACGAAUGCCACACUAUAUAUAUAUUAUAUGAGUUUCUACUUAUGAGUGCACUGUCGCUUAAGAACUAGUAUUUGGCUAUGAUAAAAUGUUAAAAUCGAAAUCCUUUCGUAUAAAUCACGAAAUAGAUAAAAAACCGAAAGUACACGAACUAUUGUAUGAGACCAAAAGAGUACGCUGGAUGAAAUGUCUCGUUAUACCACUGCUUAUCGCGUUUUCAUUGCUUUUGGUGUUGAGUAAUGUCAAUUUUUCGGGUGAAUCAUAUGAGCUGGUUGUGGCACCUCCAGGUGAGAGUCAAACAAUUGCAACACAAAUGCCAACAAAUGAAGUAAGCACUAUCGCUAACAUCAAUUACGAAACCACAAUGGAAUACGUUGGACUUGAUAGUGUGGAGGGUGAUGGCGAAGAGAAGAAGGGUGAUGGCGGAAAGAAGGAGGCAGAUGGCGGAGAGAAGGAAGAAGAUGGCACUGAGAACGACGCUGGCGACGCAGUGCAUGUUGCUGUGCAAUAUUGGGACGAGACUCUAUCAGUAUCGGCAGCGAAAUCUUUCACAUGCACAGACAACCACUCGUGUAAGACAAUAAUUUGCACGGGAGGACCAAUAUAUAACGUCUUUAAUGAAAUCGAAUACUUUGUUGAUUGGUGCGGACAUUUAUACUUUGAUGUGGUCAUAGAGGAUUGUACAUUCAACAAAAACACCAUAGACAAGUACACAUUCUCAGGAAAUUUCAAAAUGAUCGCUUUAACAAUAAAAAAUUGUCAACUCAACACGAUCGUCGAUAAUGCUUUCAUGUACCAAUCUACGAAUGUAUUGACGAAUAUAACAUUUGAUGGUGUGCAAUUGAAAGCGUUGAACCCACAAACAUUUAAUGGUUUGGAAGCGGUGAAGAAUUUCAAACUAUUCAAUGUGCUAACACAGACAACUUCGCCCUUGAAUGCCAACAACUUCUUGCAGCCGAUGGCUGCUACUCUCACCAAUUUAGUGCUGCAACAAACCGAAGAAUCCAACACCAUAUAUGAUCCCACCGCGUGGUUGGGUGGUAACAGCAUUUCCGUCUACCAUAAACUGUUGUAUGUAGACUUGAGUGGCACGAAAUUUAACGAUACACUUAACGGUAAUACAUUCGCCAAAUUGGCAGUGGUGCAAGAACUUCGGCUGGCCAAUUGCAGUCUGAGCACAAUCGCCGAAAACGUUUUCAAUGACAUUUUGUCAACGCUAAAAUCACUUGAUUUGCGUAAUAAUCGAUUGCAAACGUUGGAUGGUCAAUUUCUAGCCACUGCAAUUGGAAAGGGAAUAAACAUAGAAUUCGGGAGGAAUUUGUGGAGCUGUGAUUGUGACAAUGUGGAAAUCAUAGAGUAUAUGAAGAAAGUACAAAAUACCUCCGCAACUGCAACGGUCUGUGCAACACCAACAGAAUUACAAGGUGUACAAAUCGGAAAUGCGAAAAUGAGAUGUGAUGACACAACGACACUUGUAACGAUUAUAACAACGGUUAUCACCACAGCAGCCGCAACAACUAAUAUACCGACAACAAUAAUGAAAACUACUACGAAUGAAACUACGGCAUCUGAUCCAGAAACUCAACCAAUAUCCUCAAGCAUUGCAAUUGACAACUCAACCUUGUCGCCCGCAUCGUCUGACACGACUGUAAUUCCAACCUUUACAGAUGAUACUACUGAGGAAACAACAGUGUCUAUAGACCCAACAGCCUCGGCAUCUUCUGCAACAUCAACUACAGUUGCAACAACUUCAGUUACAGCAAACAAUGCAACGAACAGCACUGUACCAACAUCGUCACCAGCAACAACGGAAGGAACAGAUGUAAGUGAAAGCACUGAUUUAACUCCACCAACCACAAUAAAUAUAACACUUGCUCCAACAACCACAAACUAUACGACCACACCAAAUGUAUCAACAAUUGCAUCAACAACAACUAUUGAAACCAAAGCACCACCUUCGUCACUAAUGACGUCCACGAUUGAAGCCGACACAACCAUGGAAACAGCAGAAUCCACACCAACAACAACACCACAGCUAACAAGUACAACAUUAAUUCUAUUCCCAGGAACAACAAUAAUACCAAUGCCAACAAUUAUUACUACCGAGACUGUAGAGACAACGUCAAAACGCACUGAUACGACCAAAAUUCAAAACACAACGACGAAUAAACCCAAUUUCACCACCACCACUGAACCGGCCACAAUGCCGCCAACAGUGACAACUUGUUUUAACGAAAGUUCGCCAAAAUUUUUAGUUUGCACUGAUAUCAUAGCCAUCAGGCUUUGUGACUAUGACGCCACAUUCAAGGUGGUACCGUUAUCAGCACGGAGUGUGCAAUUGCAAAUCGGUAAAAAUGAAAGUGGUUUACAAGCGAUCUAUUUUCAAGCAUUAAACAACACUAUCAUCGAGGAAAUCGAUGUGGGCAACAAAAGCAGUAUCGAUAUCGUUAAUUUAACACCAAAUCGCAGCUAUACCUUCUGCCUCAUACCGAAGGGAGAAACGAGCACCUCACCAUUUAAUUGCCGCUCAGCGCACCUACCCUCAGAAACAUCUCAACCAUGGUUGGCGCAUAGCGAUGUUGCGCUUUUCUGCACGAUCGCCAUACUCAUAACCGUUGUAUGUGUGAUUGUAGGCGUGGCUCUAAUAUAUUAUCUACUCCGUUGGCGUCCCACCCUAUUGCAUGGCAAUAAACGCUUGCGUCGUAUUGCUUCGGCAUCGCAUGAAGUUUUGCUCUUCCCGAAACCAGAUCGCACAUCAGUGGACUCGAAAACCCAUGCGCUCAACGCGCUCUCCAAAAUGCAUUCAUCGGUCAGUGAUACACUGACACCGGAGAAUUAUUUAAAUAUCAAAUCCUACGAUUAUAUGCAGUACUUCAAGAAUGCCGAGUUGGAGAAACAACGUAGAGUGGCGCAUAUUUCGUUGAAUCAGCCUCCGGUACAACGCGCGCCUGCGCUGCCACCAAAUGUUGGUGGCGUCGCCACACGCCGCGACGAUCGGCUAAGCUAUUCCAGUGGUUAUUUGCCAGUGCGUGCAAUCUCGCAGCAAUCAACCGUUGUGUUGGAAGCCACGCCGCAACCGCCGCAUAGUAUGCGUAGGGGUGCGGCUGCGCGUUUACCGCCGGAACCAGUGGAAGUGUUGGAAAACGAAUACGAAAGCUUGGAGUAUUAUCAGGAGCUUUAUUAAGUGGUUGUGUCGGGUGCAAAGCUAGCAAUAGUUCCAUAUUUAUUUGUUAUUCUAGAUUGUAUUAAAAUAAAGGCAAUA